AUGGCCACCGUUAGCUGCUCGCCAAGUUUGGCUGACAUUCGUGCUCUUCAAGCGGACAAUCUGGACCGUCUUCGUGACUCUCUUCAACAAAUCAACAUUCGUGAUGUUGUCCCACUGCUUGUGGCCAGAAAUGUGCUCAGAUCGUAUGAGAUGGGAGCUCUUUAUGCUAAGAUGGACACAGUAGUGGUGUUAGCACUAGUUGUGCUAACCUCCGUCUUCAUUUUAUCACUGCUCAUCCUUGUGAUCACAUGCCAACGUAGACGGAAAUCCCGCCGUUCGAAGUCAAAGAUACUAAUACCAUUCGAAAAGCCACCAAAUCGAUUCUCACGAAACGCUGUCGCCGUUGAUAGCGUCGAUGAAAUCGAAACAAUGGAACAUCUCGGGGAACUUCUUGAAGAGCUGCUCGAUAAGAAUCCAUGGUUAUACGAAGCCCGUGGUAUCAUGCAACACGUAGUGGCAAUCCUCACAAUCACAAAGACCAUUACCGAGAAACUCUCUGAUGUUCAACUGCCAACAACGCCUUCACCGUUCCAUGAUGCUAUCAACAUGGCUAUGCGUAACAUCUAUCCACGUUUUGACGAUCUUGUGGAAAGCAUUUCGGCUCAGCCAAUCGAUAUGCGACUUCUGGAAGCGAGAGCUCUUUCGUUAGGAACCGUUUGUUGGUCGUUGUAUCUGCCAUACACCCUUCUGGAUGCCCAGAACAAAGCUCUUAUCCAGACGCCAUUGAAUGAGAUGAACGCUCAUCUGGUGACAAUCAGAACGGCUGCUCAUCUUGUUGCCAUGGCUGAUAAGGGUGCUGAAGAUAAGCUCGACAUCGUUGAUCUUAAAGAUCAUCUGAUGCGAAUGCGCAGACAGAUUCGUGGGGAUAUGCUGCUCGAAGAUGAAGAUGACUACGAAACCGAGGACGAUUUGCACAAUGAUAUCGCAAAUAUGGCAGACCACGAUGACGAAGAAGAAGAACACCAUGAUCCAGACGGAUUGGUGGACAAAACCAUUUUGGGAAGUCUCCACGAUCAUGAAAAAAUGCCUUUGGUGGAAUCAGAGGCAAUAAUUGAUAUGAUCGAGUUGAGAAGAGUCCCAGAACAACUACAAAAAAGCAAUGGUGUUCCGGAUGGAAAUCACAAACACACUCCUAUUCAUCAUAUGCAUCAUCAUCAUCAUCACCAUCCACAUCACAUGACAAAUGGAUCACUGAAUACCGUUGAAGAGAUCAAUGAGGAUGAUCAUCACGGAGAAGGAACGUCGACGUCAUGCUCAUCCUCAUCCACAUCGUCAGCGUCUUCAACUUCCGCCCACCCAAUCGAUCCAAAAUCCUGA